ACGCCCAAUCAAACAAGACUUGAGUUUGAAAUGAGAGUAGAUAGUUGUUCUCUGUGUGUAUACUAAGCCCCACCAAACACAUCAUCUGACCCCAUUUCUGACCACAAGUCUGAAUUAUAACAGAUUUCUUCUUCUUCUUUUUAUUUUUUAUCCUGUCGGAUGUUUACGAUCUUCAGCUGCUCUGCGUCGAUAGCUGUUUCAUGGGACCCCAGGACGGAGAGAGAGAUUGGGUUGACGUGGCAAAUGAUCUGUUCAGCAAGUGUCACAUAAACCUGAGGGUGAGAAAAGUGACGGAGUGUGAUGCAAAUGUUUUCAUUGCUUUGUAUGAGAACAUCUUGGGGGAGAAAGUUCCAGAUUAUAUUGCAGGACCACGCAGCCAAGAGGAUGACAUCCAUAACGUUCAGUCUGUGAUUGAUUCACUGUCUCUGGAUUACCUUCAGAUCAGCCUGUCUCACAUUACCGGAGAAAAUGUUGUCAGAGCGGACGAAGAGUCCAUCAAGAACCUUCUGGAGAUCUUUGAUGGUCUCCUGGAAUACCUUAAUGAGGAGAUAAGCGAGGACUCACAGAAUAGUGAGGAACUGAGUCACAGUCUCAGUGAAGAUGCUCCAUGUGAAAAUAAAGAGUCAACAAUCUACAAUGCCACAAAGCACAAAGAGACUAAAGUGGAGGGAGCAUCUUUGUCUUCCACUGGAGAGUCCACCGCCCAGUCCAGUAAACAUUCCCUCCAUUCCUGGAACUGUGAGGAGAUGGGCUCAACCAGUGAGAUUAUUGGGCUGGGAGUCUCUGCUCGCACAUUUACAGGCAACCAAGAUGGACUGGCUAUCCCACCACAAACCUCGGAUGCUAUCACUACCCCUGGUUUUCUGGACACCCUGGAUGCCCCACUGACUGAACCACUGCACUUAGCCAUCCCUCUGCAGCCACCCAGCCAGAGCAACAAUCCACACAGUUCUGACACAGAGCCACACGCACACGGCCAGCUCCCCAGCGCUGCUGGGCUCAGUCAACAAACAGAGGGAAAAACUGCACCUGUCACUACAGAGAUCCCAAAACCAGUAGACGAGACCAUUGUUUGCAACGGACUUCACUCUCCUUCCCUGUGCCAGUCACCUGCUGUGAGUGUGAAGUCUGUGUCCAGUCAACAGAGAACAAGGUCAGACGUGGAGGAGGAGACACUGCAGCCAUUAAAUGGAGGUCCCAGGAGGGUUUUGUUCCGCACCCAGCCAGAUGUGCUGUUCCUCACCUUGCAGGAUGAGAUGGCACCCACCACCCCUUCUCCUUCAGACACUGAAGAAGAAGAAGAAGAAGAGGAGGAUCUGAGUUAUUCACAAACAUUACAGAACAAAAGAAUGCAUCACAGAGAAAGGACAGAACACCGGAACCAGUUAGAGGAUCCUCUGUCAUAUCGCAGACAGAGAAAUAGAAAAGCAGAAGAGGAGCUGCAUCACAUAUCCGAAAAUCUGUCCCAUCGACUUGAAGAACUCGAUAUGAUGCUUAAGCGUGUUCUGGGAGAACCUGGAGAGUCAGGUGAGGUCAGAGGAGAGGACAAGCAGUCCCACCACAGUGACAGUGUCAUGGAGUGUCACACGAUUCCAAAACAACACACAGCAGGAACACUGGACGUUGAGUCAACUCAGCGGACACGCUCCCUGUCCCCCUCCCCUCCACGGGCCCGCCGCUCCCAGCAGGAACAGUUGGAGAAUGCAAUGGCAGAAGCCCUGAGCCUGGAUGAUGGACGGCAGACAAACCUCGCACUCUCUGAGCAUUCAAGGAGAGGAGAGGCACGACACAGACUGUCUCACAGAAAACACAGCAAGUAUCUGGAGAAUAAGGCAUGUGAGGAGGAGUUAAAAAGAUAUGAAGACAAAGAACGAGCAAAUUUAGACAAAGAACGUCUCAAAGCUCAGGAAGCUGAGCAAGAGUAUCGAGAGGCCAUACUAAAGGAUAUUUCCCAAGCCCCCCGCCUGUCCCCAGUUACAAAGAAGACCCAGCACAAGCCACAGCGACAUACUCAAACAGCCCCAGUACGCAGGCGGCAGGAGGCCCACAGGAAAGCUCCAUCAAUGAUGGUGAAGGAGAACGAACUCCUCCCUGUGCUACUGGAGGAGUUGCCCCACCUCCACAUUACCCCUCAGGUUCUGGGCAGGAUGUGGGAGCAGCAGAUGCAGCAGGUGGACAGACUCCACACCUCUACAUCUAAUCAUCAGAGCCGCCAGCGCCGCAAACGCACCGGCGAGUUGGAAGAGGCACAUAGGAAACAUGACCUGCUGGUGGAUCUUGUCAGCAAGGAACGGGACCACAAGAAGCGUCUGAGGGACUUCCAGGAGCGUAUCCAGCAACAGAAGUCGACACAAAACAGAGUGAAGGAACAGAGGCAACAAGUGGCCCGUGCCAAGAAGUACCACAACGACUACCACGUCCAACACCGCGCUCGUCUGAUGAGGGCACGCACCAAAGAGGAGCAGAUGUUUCGGAAACUGUUCGAAGAAGGUUUAGAGCUGCAGAAAGUCAGGUUGAGGGAACAGAGAGCUUACGCCAAGGAGCAGCAACUGGAACGUCAGAAGCGACACCAGGAUCACAUCAAGUCCAUGGAGAACUACUACAAAGACCAAUUUUCACUACUGGCUGAAAAACUUGCACAAGAGCGACAGGAGCUCCAGGUUCGGAAAAAAGCUCAAGAAAAGGCCCUGAUGAAGAUGAAGCGAGAGCUGCACUCCAGGAUGGAGCGUGAGAUUGGGGAACUGCAGAAAAUUGUCGUCCAGAACGACGAAGACGACUACUUUGAGAACCUGGAGGUCCAGAGGCUGCGUAAUCGGAUGCACACGGCUUCUUUCCAGUACAACACUAGCUAUCUGCACUGAGCACACAAGCAGUGCUGUUGAUGAUUCUCUCGAUCGAGGCUGGAUGUAUUAUGUAUUUUUUGAACUGUCCGAUUUGGGUACGGCACACGGAAAUCUGAAUAGUACCAUCUUCUCAGGCAACUUUCUUCAAAAGAUUUGCACAAGGAAAAAAAAGAAGAAAAAAAUCAGGCAAGUCCUGAUCAUUAAUUAAUAAUGAACGGAACACUCAAUAUGUAGCAAACAGCUAACUCUUCCUCUCAUCUGAGCUGCUAGACCUGAACUUGAAGACACCUUAGACCAAGUCCCCUUCUCCUCCAUGGUUUUAAGAUUGUUUGAAAAUAGUUCCCUCACUGUGCAGUCUAUGUUGUUACAAUAGCAGGAAAUGAGUCAAAAUACUCUUCCUCCUGCCAAAAUAGGGACCAACGAUGCAAAGUUAGUAUGAAUGUCACCUUCAAGAUUUUUAUUCCCACGUGUGAUGUCUUCCUAUAACAUUUUAACCGUGUCAGCAGAUUAUUUAUUUUUUAACUUUAUUGUCAUUUCAUUUUGAUUCACCUGGUGUUGUGCUGUCUGAUCACCAGGGGGCGAUGAUAAUCAGUCUUACGUGACAUCGAUGUUGAUUGUUUUUAACUUGCAGGAACCUUAAAGGGAUAGUUUGCAUUUUACUGUGGGGGGUGUAUAAGGUACUUUAAGCACAGUCCUAGUUUGACAUACUGUGGACAGCAUUCUAUUUGCGGUCUGUUUGUCGAGGCAGAACACCAAUGAGAUUUCCACAUUGUUUUGCUGUAAACUGGGACCACAGAGAAAUCACGUGUAGCCCAAACAGAGGACCUGACUGAAUAAACCCAUAACAAUCUAAA